UGUGCUGGUAAUAACUUUGGAGUAUUUUUAUGUUAGCAAGCAGUAUCACUGUGUUUGGGCAAAAUAUUGACAUACGCAGAAAUAAUUUGUAUAUGAAGGCUAUGGACCCAAAGUAAAAUGUGGUGAAGCUGAACUUUGAAGUCACAGAAUGUGCUCAGCAUGGAAACCAUACCCUGUUGAUGGAAGACCCCAGAAUAGUCUUGCUGCAAAAGGUUUCCGGAGUGUAAGACCCAAAUUCCUUGAAUCUGCCAAGAAACCAGCACUCCAGCAUUCAGAUCAAAAUGUGAAGGACAAUACCAAAGAUUCAAAUGACAUUACCGAAGCAAAAGAUUUCCUCUCUUCAGAUUUAUCAAACCAAGGAACACAUUUUGUGAGCUGUCCGUCAAACAUCACACAUGACAAUGAAUCAGAACCUAAGGACAAAAAAAGUAAUUCAUUGGAUUCCAAAAUGGACCUCAAUCCAAACUACAAAGUCAAACUGCAAUCUACUGGUCAGAAGAUGAACACAGCCAAUGUAUUGACUACUACUUCUGUGAUGAUUUCAGAAAAGGGAUGCUCACAUCUGAUACCAAAAAAGCCUCUUGGAUUAUCGGAGUCUCAGCACACAAAACAGUUGCCCUCUUGCCUGGUCUCAACAAUGGUUCCAUCUGAAGAUCGGUCAAAGACUUGGUACAGUUCAAUUCUAAAAAGUGAUCAUAGCAUUCCAAAGGCAGAUAAUUAUGGAUUGUCUUCUAAUAUUGACACCAAAUGGGAAGCUAAUCCAACAAAACAGCCCUCUUCUAACUCUGCCACAGUUAAUAAAUCAAGAUCACAAUUAACAAGACCGUUGUCCUACAAUUCAACUAUAAAGGAAAACUACACAAUAAAGUGUCCAUUUUUGUCCGAAGCACGUCGGGAUUCUGAUCAUGAACAACAAAAUGGUAGCAUUCAGUCACUGUAUCCACGGCCUGAAAGAGAACAAAGUGCUUCCAACCCCUUGUCAGUCAAUCCUUAUGACAGCCAAAACUCCUUCUCUUCAAGAGACUAUCACUAUACAAGGCCCAAGGAAAUACUUCCCAAUUCAUUGGCAGCAAAAGAACUUCAUUCACAUUUCUUUGCCACAGCCAAUCCAGAAGAGAACUACAGGUCACUUCCAAAUGGCAAAAUUGAUACCCACAGAUACCAUAUUGAACCAGCGAAUGUCUUUGCUUAUGAGCCUGAAAAAUCAUCUGUUUCAGAUUAUGGCCUCCACAGAUCUAGACAAAAUAGGACAUUGGGGGAUAUAUGCCUACAUAAGACUCGAUCAUUCCCGGCAUUGGAAGCAGCAACCAGCCAGCUGACUCUCAGAGUUCCCAUUCAGCCCAAUGGGCCAGGCACAGAUCCAGACCAAUGCUUGGAAAUCAGACAUGACUCAACCAAUCUACCUUCUGUAGACACUGAAAAUGAUAAAAAUAAAAACAACAUCAAGGAUACAGUAAACAAUGCCAAUCUAAGUUGCCAGUCCCAAAAGCAAGAACUUCAAGAGGAGAUAUUUGAUCUAAAACAACAGAGGAAAAUGGAAUGGAUUGUAAGAGUAAAAUAUGACUUCCAUGGCCAAACGUCAAAAGAAUUGCCUGUCAAAAAGGGAGACAUCGUCUUCAUCCACAGACAGAGGGAUAACAACUGGUAUGAAGGCGAAUGCAAUGGAAAGAGAGGCUUGCUUCCAAUUUGCUAUGUUGAGCCCACUUCUGAGCUUCAACCACACAAAGAUACAAUCGAAGAACUAGCAAUUGCCAAAUUCAGAUUUAGUGCAUUGUCAAACAUAGAGUUACCACUUGAAAAGGAUCAGACAGUAGUUUUGCUCCGGAGAAUAGAUGAGAAUUGGUAUGAAGGAAAGUACCCUGGGACAAAUCGUAAAGGGAUAUUUCCUGUCACUUAUGUUGAAGUCAUUGGAAAACCAUUGGAUCCCAUCUGGCACAAAGAACAUGCAACAUCUGCAAGUGAUCUGAAAAUAGAAACAGCUUCCCAGUGGUCUCUACAUCAGCUUCAUCAAAGAAAUGUGAAUAAUAAGAACAUUCAGCAUAGUGAAGAAAUAUACUUGGCUUUGUAUUCCUUUGCUCCCAACAAGGAUGAUGAACUGGAACUCAGAGAAGGAGACCUUGUUAGUGUUAUUAGCAAAUGGGAUGAUGGUUGGUACUUGGGUUUUGAUAGUGCAGCUGCACUAAUUAAAGGUGGGCUCUUGCAGUACUUCUCAGCCAGUUGCUGGUAACCCAUCCCAAGUACAUCCUUAAGAACCAGCAAAUCUGGCAACUUCCCAGGAAAUUACGUGCGAAAAUAUGACUCUGUUUAGUUACCCUUGGCCAAUUUCUAGGCUGCAUUGUUAGGAAAUAUGGUCAGAAUGUCCAGUCCAAAGAUAAAAUCAAAAUGCUGAUGGUAAAAUUCAACCGACCAGAAUAUUAUGAAAUGUUUUAAAUAAGUUUUGUGCUAAUUUAUCACAAGGAUGUUCGUGCAUUACUAGUUUAAGUUGAUAUUUCUCAAAACUGUUACUAUGUAAACAACUUCUAUGAUCAUUUAUACCAUUCUUAUGUUACAUCUGUCAAAACUUUAAACAGUUAUUGAAAUAACGUCAUCCGCUAACUAAGAAAUAAGGAUUGCAAGCUUAUUCAAUUUCCCAAGUUUUUAGUAGGGGUAAGUUUACAAUAUAUAAUUUUAGAAGCAUUUGAACCUAAAAUGACACUUUCCAAUGUUUGAGAUUUUUUUGAAAUUUACAAUAAAAUAAACAUUCUCAUUGCGAUGUUCAUAACUGAUAA